AUGCCCAACUACAUAUCCCCUGUCCGCAAGUUCUCGUCUGCUUCGAGCCCAGCAGCGAGUUAUACUAGCUCUUCUUCGCCUAUUGGUAGCCUAACAGUGGAGUUGGAUCGGAUUUCACCCAAAUUCAAAAUACAGGCGUCAGAUAUCCAGAUUCUGAACUCUCCCGCUGCAUUCUAUGAGACUUUGAAGGACAAAAUACGCAACGCAAAACGAAGAGUAUACCUCUCAACGCUGUAUAUCGGGAAAACCGAACAUGAGCUUCUUUCUGUCAUCAAUGAGAGUCUUCGCCGGAACCCCGACUUAAAGGUAUCCAUUCUAACGGAUGCGCUGCGUGGAACUCGUGAAUCGCCGAAUCCCUCUUGUGCUUCCCUCUUAGCCUCCUUGGUGGAGGAAUAUGGACCGGAAAGAGUGGAAAUAAGAAUGUUUCAUACUCCAAACUUCGUUGGAAUGAAGAAGAAAUACGUACCAAAGAGAAUAAACGAAGGAUGGGGUCUUCAACAUAUGAAACUUUACGGGGUAGACGAUGAAAUAAUUCUUUCUGGGGCUAAUCUUUCCGAUGACUAUUUUACAAAUCGACUCGACCGAUACCAUGUUUUUCAGUCAAAAGAGCUGGCUGAGUACUAUUCUCAGAUCCACCAUGCUAUUUGCAGAUUUAGUUUUCAGGUUCUACCGGAUGCAACUAGCAAACAGGGCUAUGUCAUGAAUUGGCCAGCUACGAAUUCUGGGCCAUCCCCUCUAGAUGACCCUAAAGCUUUUAUAUCCGUGGCGUCAAUAUCCCUUUCGAAACUAAUACAGCCACCAACAACCCAGGAUAUUUCUGCAUCCAUGCCCGAAAAUCAAACAUAUGUAUACCCUGUGGCACAGUUCACACCGCUUUUAAAACCAGACCACUCGACAGAGUUUCCAGCUGUUACAAGUAUCCUAAGUGCUCUAGCCAAUAACCCGAUGUUGAAGAAUUCUCGCUGGCUUUUCACUGCUGGCUACUUCAACAUGCACCCGCUUCUCUCAUCUCUUCUGAUUUCAAGCACCACUCCGUCUCCUGUUUCUCUAACUAGCCAAGGAACAGUUCUCACAGCAUCUCCAUGGGCGAAUGGCUUCUACGGGUCUCCAGGGGUCUCAGGAAUGUUACCCGCAGCAUAUACCCACUUGUCCGCUAGGUUCCUAGAUCGGGUCGCAGAAUCACAGAGGACCAAUUCUAUUCAAUUGAAGGAAUGGCGUAAGGGAACUGUGAAUGAGCCUGGUGGGUGGACAUAUCACGCUAAGGGGCUAUGGGUAACACUUCCGAACGAGAAAUAUCCAAGUCUUACUUUUGUUGGAAGCAGCAAUUAUACUAAACGAAGCUACGGCCUUGAUUUGGAGGUUGGUGCUGUCGUAGUAACCACGGACAACAGUUUGAAAGAGAGAUUAGGCCAAGAGACUGAGUGGCUACAAGAGGAUUCCAAUCCCAUUUCAAGGGAGGAUUUAAGGAAAGUUGAACGACGGGUCAGCUGGAAUGUUCGUCUCGCCAUGUGGAUUGUAGAGCGAGUUGGCGGAGCUUUGUGA